AUGGGCUCAGCGAUGGAGAGCAGGGGGUUCCUGCAAUGGCAAGUAGGCGCUUUGCUUCUGGUUUUCUUCCCGUUGCGGGGUGGGGGGCAGGCGGCACAGAUCCGUUACUCCAUCCCGGAGGAGUUGGCCCCGGGAUCCUUCGUUGGGGAUGUGGCUAGGGACCUGGGUCUGGAUGCUGCCCGGGUGGCCUCCCGACAGCUGCAGAUCCUGCCCGGCUCGGCUCAGAGGCACUUCAGAGCAGAGGCGCAGACUGGUGUCUUGGUGGUGGAGGAGCGGAUAGACCGAGAGCGGCUCUGCGGCUCUAGCCCGCGCUGUCUGCUGUACCUGGAGAUCUUGCUGGCCAACCCGCUGGCCUCCCACCGCGUGGAAGUGGAGGUUCUGGAUGUGAACGACAAUGCUCCGGCGUUCCUUACUAGCCUCACCCUCUUGGAGAUUGCCGAGUCCGCAGCACCAGGCGCGCGGUUCCCUCUGGAGCCUGCAGAAGAUUUGGACUUCGGAGCCAACUCCGUCAGCACCUACCGGCUGAGCCCUCCUGGAUGUUUCACCUUGAGUGUGAAGAAUCUUAAAGACGGCAGCAAACACCCCGAGCUGAUUCUGGAGAAGGCGCUAGACAGGGAGCAGCAGGAGCAGCAUCGGCUGGUGCUCACAGCACUGGAUGGUGGGCUUCCUGCUAAAUCCGGAACUGCUGAGAUUAUCGUCUCCGUUAUUGACGCCAACGACAACCCGCCCGUCUUUGGUCAGCCCGUGUACAAAAUAACCCUGCUGGAAAAUGCGCCGGAGGGGACUAUGGUGAUUAAAUUAAAUGCCACCGACCAGGACGAGGGGACAAAUGGAGAGAUCGCCUAUUCCUUCAGCAGCCACACUCGCCAGAAAAUCCGGCGGUUGUUUAGCAUUCAGGAAAGGACCGGAGAGGUGAGAGUCCUGGGAAAUGUCGACUAUGAAGAGGGCACAGUGUACGAGAUCGAUGUGAGGGCCAAAGACAAGGGCUCUCCCUCUAUGGACGCCCAUUGCAGCGUCUUGGUGGAGAUAAAGGAUGUCAACGACAACGCCCCUAGCGUUAGGUUCACAUUGCUCUCAGCCACGGUUCGAGAGGACGCGCCAGUGGGGACGGCAGUGGCUUUUCUCAGUGUAAGUGAUGGAGACUCCAGGGAAAACGGAGAGGUUCAGCUGCAGCUCCCGGCAGACAUCCCCUUCCAGAUCGUAUCGUCCUUCAGGAACCACUACUCCUUGGUCACCAGCGGCCCGCUGGAUCGGGAGGAGGUUUCUGAGUAUAAGGUUGUGAUCACAGCUACAGAUUCUGGAUCGCCGCCACUUUCCAGUCAGAGCAACCUCCUGAUAAACAUAUCGGACCUGAACGAUAACCCACCCCGCUUUUCCCAGCCUGCCUACCAAGCGGAGGUGCCAGAGAAUAAUGCUUUGGGCGUUCCCAUCUGCUCCGUGUCCGCCUUUGAUCCCGAUCUGGGCCCGAACUCCCAGCUGUCUUACUCCAUCGUGGAUAGUACAGUGCAGGGGCUGCCCGUUUCCUCCUAUGUCUAUGUCAGCGCCGAGAACGGGACCAUCUACAGCAGCUCCUCGUUCGAUCAUGAACAAAUCAAACAGAUAGUUGUUCAGAUACAAGCCAGGGACGGCGGGUCACCGCCUCUCAGCACCAACGUGACUGUCUCCAUCUUCAUCCUAGACCGGAACGAUAACGCUCCUCUGAUUAUCUAUCCUGUGGCUCGGAAGGGGUUCCUGGCCCAGCAGUCCGUCCCUUUCUCUUCGCAGGCGGGACACUUCGUGACCAAAGUGACAUCUGUGGACGCAGACUCGGGGCGGAACGCAUGGCUCUCCUACAAACUGCAGCAAGCCACAGACCCAAGCCUCUUCAAAGUCUCCCCAUACACCGGGGAGAUUAGAACUACCCGAACUCUCCUUGAACAAGACUCCCCCACGCAGAAGAUUGUCCUUGUUGUCGAAGACUGUGGGGAGCCGCCCAUGUCUACCACAACCACUGUGAUCAUGAACAUAGAGCAGGACCCUGACCGGAGCUCAGCAAACUUCAAGAGGUCUAACCUGGAACAGGAUGGCCUUCCCCACCUGACAGUGUACCUCAUCAUUGCUCUGGUAGCAAUCUCAGCCCUCUCUGCUAUGACUUGCGUAUUUUUAGCCGUGAAGUGCCUUAGAAAUGCAAGAGCCAGAAACUCGGAUGCAGUUUGGACUACUUAUCUAAAGGGAGGGAAUACCCUGCAGGCGGGGAGACACUUUGAUAGAGGUCUUCAGAGCGUGGAGGAGAAACUGGAGUUUCCCACUGCCUUUGGGGGAGAUUUUCUUUCUCUAUGUCCUCUCCAAAGGCCUGGUCAGACUCCAUUAUCAGAGGGGAGCAAUCACCUGUUUGCAAAACCCGUUAGUCAACCGGACAUCAACAGCUCAGACACUCUUCUGGCCAGCAAUAACCUCAGCGAUCCCAAUGAGUGUUUAGGAGGCGUUGUCAUUGGCCGAGAGCGGAUAGAGCUGUCAUCCAAUGAGGUGCUGAUCUAG